UCAACCUCGAGUACUGCUUUCUUUCUAGUUAACCUUCAUUUCCUACUCCAUGGAUACCAAGUUGGGAGCCUCAGCCGCCGGAAAUUUGCAGCAACCCAAUGUUACCAGCUCUGCUCAGCAACCCUCCCGUGGCACCAAUGCUUUGCAGCAACCAACAGGCCAGGUAGGUGCUCUGCAGCAAGCUUCCCAACUGGGCCAACUGGGUGCUCUGCCGCAACCAUCGAGCCAGCUGGGUUCUAAUUACCAGCCAUCGAGCCAGCUGGGUGCGAAUUACCAGCCAUCGAGCCAACUGGGUUCUAAUUACCAGCCAUCGAGCCAACUGGGUUCUUACCAGCAAUCAAGCCAGCCGGUCUCCCUGCAGCAACAACCCACCCAGCUGGGUUCUUACCAGCCAUCGAGCCAGCUGGGUUCUCUGCAGCAACCCACCGGCCAACUGGUUUCUUACCAGCAACCAAUUAGCCAGCAGCUGGGUGCUUUGCAGAUGGGUUCUUUCCAGCAACCCGGAAAAAUGUCUCCGUUUUCUAUGCAGCAACUGAUCAAAAGUGACCGGGGAAACAUGCUAACAUUGUCCGACGACAACUGGAUGGUGAAGCAAAUUCAGGCCGCCCACACUCCAGAUGGCCGAGUAGUUGAGAUCGGACCCCUUCUCUCUCUUGUUGAGGACAUUCUUAAUCGUGCCACUCUUCCUGCUGCCCUCAUUACAACGCAGGGUGCCCAAUCACAAAUUGAUAGCUUGGAGCAAAAGACCUACCAAACUAACUUCCUUGCCUUGCUGGAUGCACUCUCAUUUACAAUUGACCGAAUUUCCCGCGAGAUAUCAUACAGGACCAUGGGUGGCACGGAUGCACAUCAAACAACACUUUCAAUAUUUCAACAGCUAUCACUUUAUGAUUGGGAUGCUAAGUUGGUGUUGACCUUAGCUGCUUUUGCUUUGCAUUAUGGAGAAUUUUGGCUCCUUGCCCAGAUUUACACAACAAACCAGCUUGCCAAAUCAAUGGCGCUCUUGAGGCAGGUGCCUGGCCUAAUUGAGCGCGCAAACUCUCUGAAACCUCGCUUCGAUGCACUUAACGAUCUAAUCAAGGCGAUAUUGGAAGUGACCCACUGUGUUGUUAAGUUUAAAGAACUACCAUCCAUGUAUAUCACACCUGAUGUUCCUGCACUAGCCACCGGCAUAGCCCAUAUUCCAACAGCUGUUUAUUGGACUAUCAGGAGCAUCGUCGCUUGCGCAACUCAGAUUACUAGCUUCACUAGCAUGGGUUACGAGUUUGCGAUAUCCGCCACAGAAGCACAUUGGGAGUUAUCCACCCUGGCUCACAAUCUCAGAAACAUGCGUGACCAUCUUAAUACGCAGCUGGAAAAGUGCCACCAACACAUAAAUGAGAAGCUGGACGGUGAAUCUUAUGACAUGCUUGUGAAACUCUUCGAGAUGAUUCACCUUGACAAUAUGAAGGUUCUCAAGGCCCUGAUUUGCCCUAGGGAUGAUGUGCAGCCACUGGUUGAUGGUUCCACCAAGAGAAGGGUUAACAUAGACGUUCUAAGGAGGAAGAACGUGUUAUUGCUCAUUUCAGGCCUGAACAUCUCCCAAGACGAGCUUUCAAUUCUGGAACAGAUUUACAACGAGUCCAGGCUCCACCCAACGAGGCUAGAAAGUCAAUAUGAGCUUGUGUGGAUACCGAUUGUGGACCCUUCGAGCCAGUUGACUGACCCCAUACAAAACAAAUUUGAGAGCCUGCAAUCUUCAAUGCCAUGGUACACGGUGCAACACCCUUCCUUGAUAGGAAAGGCAGCGGUCAGAUUCAUCAAGGAGAAGUGGCACUUGAGGAAUAAGCCUAUCCUUGUGGUGCUAGACCCUCUAGGAAAGGUGGUGUCCCCCAAUGCAAUUCACAUGAUGUGGAUUUGGGUCAGCAAUGCCUUUCCUUUCACUAGCACCAGAGAAGAAGCGCUCUGGAGGGAGGAGACUUGGAGGCUUGAGCUGCUGGUGGAUAGCCUUGACCAGACAAUACUGAAUUGGAUUAGAGAAGGAAAAUACAUUUUCUUGUAUGGAGGGGACGACAUUGAGUGGAUUCGGAAAUUUACAAACUCAGUACGCACAGUUGCAACGGCUGCAAACAUACCCUUAGAGAUGUUCUAUGUGGGAAAGGGCAGCAAAAAGGAGCAAGUCCAGCGAGUUAUAAGGACCAUCGCUUUGGAGAAGCUGAGCUCCUACUGGCAAGACCCAACCCUCAUAUGGUUCUUCUGGACCCGCCUUGAGAGCAUGCUCUUCUCAAAGAUUCAACUAGACAAGGCUGACGACCAUAUGGACCCUGUGAUGCAAGGGAUCAAGAGGCUGCUUAGCUACGACAGAGAGGGUGGAUGGGCUGUGCUGAGCAAAGGGUCUAGCAUUGUGGUUAAUGGGCAUGGGAACACGGUUGCGACCACCUUGGUGGAGUAUGAAAUGUGGAAGGCGAAUGUGCCGUUGCAGGGUUUUGAUGUGGCUUUCAAGAACCACCAUGACCUGCGUCAUGGUGAGAAAUACCCCUGCUGCCGCUUCGAGUUCUCACACAAUGCCGGAAGGAUCCCUUUGAGCAUGAGGUGCCCUCAGUGUCACCACAACAUGGAGGAAUUUACCACUUUCCUUUGCUGCCAUGAGGAAGACGUUCCAGCCAUAAUGUACUAAACCACGUCCUACAUUUCCUUCUAGCUAUAGCUUAGCUAGCAGCCAUUUGAAUGGGUACGAUGCUAGCUAAUUCAAAAUAAAAGUUGUGUGUAUUUUUCUUUUUCUUUUUCUUCUUUUUUAUGUAAUGAGAGGCUCGAGUGUGAGAUGUGAGCUGAUGAUCAGCUGCCACUUUAUGGCCGCUUAUGUUUGCCAUUUGAUGAUGCUAUAAAUAAAAGUAAUAUUAUAUAUA